AUACAAGUCGCCCCUCUGCUGGCGCAAGCCGAGGAGAAUGCCAGGCUUGGCCGUCCUCCAGCUGAAGCUGUUGUCAUCAACAUGGGAGAAAUCCUCGCUGACGACCCAGCUCUGCUCAAUGCUAUCAAACCCAAGAAACACGAGACACUUUUUGGCCCCUCGCUUGGAGCUAUCAACCCAGGGCCCGCAUGGACAUCGUAUGGCAAACAGGAACCCGUCAAGGAUGAACUUACCCAAGAGACCGUCAAAGCGUGGAUUGCAAAGAGCAAAGAG